UAAUUGCUGCAGCAGCAGACUGCCUGACUGACAGCACCGACCGAGGGAGGGAGGGAGGCUUGUUCUCUGGCUCUUUCCAAGAUGGCCACCAACGAUGGAGUAAUGCAAUAACUUUACAUCGAGACUGCCUGUUUUUUUUUGUUUUUUUAUUGACAAAAAGUUGAGAGGCUGCUUUUUUUCAAAACCCACAAAGAGAGAGAGAAAAAGGGGGAAAGGAGAGGGAGGAAAAUAAACUGGAUUCUGGCCUUCCCCCCCUCUCUCUCCCCUCAGUAGAAGAAGAAAGAAGAAGAAGCACCAUGUCUGAUGUGUGUGUCUGUUGCUGGAAAACACCUUUGGAUUAGAGCCGGCGAGGACUUCAACAGAGAGGAGAGCUGAGCUGAGCUUUCUCUCACGUCUCAUGAUUUGGGAGGAGGAUUAAGGGAAAACCCUUCUUGAUUAUAUUGGAUCUAAUCCCUCCCCAAAUUUCCCUUCCUAAUUCCCCCCCUCCCUCUCUCUCUCUCUCUACAUUUCUCCUGUCACCACCACAAAUAAUAUUUUUUCUCUCUCUCCCUGCUCUCGUGUCUGGAAAGUUUUGUGUAGGGCACCGUCGAAAGGAGAAAGAGGGGGAAAGAAAGUCUCUUGUAUUUGUUUUUCUUUUUUUUCGCCAGGAACGAGGAGAGGGAUUUGGAACGAAGUAAUUACAAAGAAUUUGAAGGGAAACAACAAAAACCUCGACGCUUUGAGGCCGGAUUUCUCUUAUUUAGAAUAUCAAAUCGUUUUUUCCCCUGUGUGCGUGGGGACGUGGCAAGAAGAGAAGGUUUUCACAUUUAUAUUUCUUUUAAGGGAAGAGAGGAAGAGGGGGGGGGGGGGAAUAAAAGACCUCAACAUCGAAGAUUCUGGAUGAAAUUUCUGGUGGCCGCCAAUCUCCUUUGAUCAGAUUAGAACAAGAAACUUGUUUACUGUUCAAUAGACAAGCCGGCAGGAACCACGGAUAGCUUUUCGUUAAAAAUCUGCAAAAUAUCUGCGAGGAAAAUAUUAUUUCUGCCUCUCAAACCGAACCCAGCGCCGUUUACCCCGAUGACAGUUGAGGUCAUGAACACAAAAACUCCGCUCUUCUAGGAUUUAGAAGAAUGUCAUCAGAGGACAAAAGUGUGGAGGCAUCUGACCUAGGACCGCCACCUCUUUCUGUCGCCCUCGCGGCUGUUCCUGUUGGCAGCCCUGUAAAUAAUGACAAACGGCCACGGGGCCGACCUCGCAAAGAUGGCACAACUCCUCUACAGAAGAAAAAGAAGACUCGAAGCAGGGGGAAGAUGGUUGUUGAUGAUGAUGACAGUAUGGAUGGGUUGGAGACAACAGAAAAUGCAAUGGAAACAGAAACUAAAGAUGACUCACUGGAGGAGGACAUCCUUACAGAAAUGGAGACCAAUGAACAAUCACCUCUAUUGCAGCGCACGGUAUCUGAUGAGUCUGCCAGUUCCAUAGCCUCAAUCAAUCUCAAUACAAAAACCAGCAAUGAACAGCUCUGUGCCUUGUGCUAUUGUGGUGAGCGGAGCUCGUUGGGGCAAGGCGAGUUAAAAAGGUUCAGCCCAACUCCAGAUUUCACUGUGCUAAGAAAGAGCCCUUCUCAAGCAAAGCAAGACAGUACCAACAAUUCAGAGGAUAGUAAUGACAAGAGCCUCAAGCAGUGUUCCACAUCACAAAGGCAACAGAAAAAGUCUCCUUCCCACACUGCACCUGCUACUGUUCCAGUGGCUCCCGAAGAACAGAUAUGCAGAUUUUGGGACAAACUCAGUCAAGUUGGCCUUCCUGAUGAUGUUGAUGUUCAGACCUUAUUUGAGCCUUCAGGCCACUGUUGGGUCCACCAUUGUUGUGCAGCAUGGUCUUCUGGAGUGUGUCAGAAGGAACAGGUAUUGGUGAAUGUAGACAAAGCUGUUCUCUCAGGGAAUACAGAGCAUUGUGCAUACUGUAAACACCUUGGAGCCACCAUCAAAUGCUCAGAAGUGAAUUGUAAUCAGCUAUACCACUAUCCAUGUGCAGCUGGAGCCGGUACUUUUCAGGAUAUUAGAACUCUUACGCUCCUCUGUCCAGAACACAUUGAUCAGGCUCCUGAAAGAUCCAAGGAAGAAUCAAAUUGUGCUGUAUGUGAUAGCCCUGGGGAACUUUUAGAUCAGCUUUUCUGCACUAGCUGUGGUCAACAUUACCAUGGAGCUUGCCUAGACAUAGCUGUGACACCUUUGAAACGGGCUGGGUGGCAGUGUCCAGAGUGCAAAAUCUGCCAGACCUGCAGACACCCAGGUGAUGACAGUAAAAUGUUGGUUUGUGACAUAUGUGACAAAGGCUAUCAUACGUUUUGUCUUCAACCUGCAAUGGAGUCAAUACCAACAAAUGGCUGGAGGUGUAAAAAUUGCAGGGUAUGUGUUGAAUGUGGCACACGGAACAGCACUCAUUGGCACUACAACUGUUCACUUUGUGCUAGUUGUUAUCAGCAACAAGACCACAGCUUCUGUCCACUCUGUGGCAAAAUUUGCCAUCAAGACUCCCAAAAGGACGCACUGCAUUGUCAGAUGUGCAAAAGGUGGAUUCACAUAGAAUGUGACAAAUCUUUGGAAAAUAAUGAGGCCAAUUUGGUAAAAGGAUGCUACAUCUGUAUAGCGUGCAAAGAAACUGGUUCAGAAGAAAAUGUUCAGUCCUGUGAGAACAAGGUUGAUGAUUGCAUUGCAGAACCUGAAGCAGGUGUUCCUGGAAUUAAUGGAGCUGUUGAGGAACAGUUAUCACAAGGAGAGGCUAUUCACCAGCCAGACAACCCUAUUAGCCUUGCUGAAGAUCGGAGUAUUACAGUUAAGAAAAAUGAUUUGGCAACAGCCCGUACAAUUGACCACAUAGAGUCUGAUUUGCCCAAGGAUGCUAUGGUCUCUGGAGAAGUACUUCAACAGCUUGAGUGUCGAACAGCAGUGAUGGUAGUCCAAGACACAGAGACGAAUGAAAAUAAACCUGAAACACUAUUACAACCUCAACUGGAUGGGAAGGCACUACAUUUGAAAGAGUUUGUUGAAGAAGCAGCCCCAGUAGCAGAGCAUCCGAUUUGUGAGAACAAGACAGAACCAAUGGAAAUUUCAGCCACAGAAGUGUCAAAUAAUAGGCUUCCACAGGAGGAUGUACUGACCAAGGAACUUCCAGAAAUCGUACCGGUGAAUAAUGUGGCACAGCGAAGUGAAGAAAGAAAUUCCCAAGUGUUUCUCAGUAGCAAUGUUUUUGAAGCUGAAGAAACUCCCAGUGAGUAUACAUCAGAGCUAAAUUCACCAAUUGAAAAUAAAGCUGUCAAAGGCUUUGUAGAAACAGACAAUAAUUAUGCCAACAGCAGCAGAUCCUCUUCAGUUUCUCCCUCUUCUGUGACUGUUUCAGUUGGGUUAACUCCGAUGACUAAUGUGUCUUGCACUUCAGCUCCAACCACAUUCGGUUCAAGAAUUCCUGCACCUGCCUUCGUACCUCUGGUUCCAAAAAUAGGCAUGGGGAAACCAGCUAUUACCAAAAGGAAAUUUUCUCCAGGAAGACCCAGAAUGAGACAGGGCAUAUGGGCGACAAAUGCUAUGAGUUCGCCUUCCUGGUCUGCAAACAGUUAUGAAUUUCGGGAGAGUAUGGUAAAAACAAAGCAGUCUCAGAACACCAUUUGGAACGUCAAAGUGGGCCGUGGUGCUGGUUUUCCUGGUAAAAAGAGGCCACGUGGUGGAGGACAUCCUGGUCGAGGAGUUAGAGGCAGGUCCAAAAUGAAAAAUGGGAUUGGUGCGGUUAUAACACCAGGAGCUGGAGCCACAGAAAUGAUGUAUAAUAAGGACGAAGAUGAAAACGCUAUGCACAACACAGUUGUUUUGUUUUCUACCAGUGAUAAAUUUACCUUAAAACAGGAUAUGUGUGUUGUUUGCGGGAGUUUUGGGAAAGGUCCAGAGGGACGAUUGCUUGUUUGCUCUCAGUGUGGCCAGUGUUAUCAUCCCUAUUGCGUCAGUAUUAAGAUCACUAAAGUAGUGCUGAGUAAAGGUUGGCGAUGUCUAGAAUGCACAGUGUGUGAAUCCUGUGGAAAGGCCACCGAUCCAGGUCGUUUGCUUCUCUGUGACGAUUGUGAUAUCAGCUAUCAUACCUAUUGCUUAGAUCCACCUUUACAGACGGUUCCCAAAGGUGGCUGGAAAUGCCGAUGGUGUGUUGCUUGCGUACAGUGUGGGUCAACCUCACCUGGGUACAAGUGUGAAUGGCAGAACAAUUAUACACAAUGUGCUCCUUGUGCCAGCUUGACUGUCUGCCCAGUCUGCAAUAAGAACUACAAGGAGGAGGAACUUAUUAUACAGUGCCGACAGUGUGACAGGUGGAUUCAUGCUAUUUGCCAGAACCUGAACACAGAAGAUGAAGUUGAGACUGUAGCAGAUAACGGCUAUGACUGUUUUACAUGUAGACAAUAUGCAACGACAACUCCAGUGACUACCUCAGAAGGGAUGGAUCUAUCUUUGAUUACACCUCAAGUUAUUGUAAAGACUAAGGAAUCAGAACCAACACGGACAUUUACACAGGAUGGUGUCUGCCUAACGGAGUUGGGUAUUUCACAGCUCCAAAGCCUCAGUGUUGCUCCACCACGUCGGAAGCGACCCAAGCCAAAGUUGAAGCUAAAGAUCAUAAGUCAAAAUAGCGUGGCUGUUUUGCAAACUCCACCUGAUCCGCAGUCCGAACAGUCCAGAGACCUAGAUGGAGAUAUGGAUGAUAGCAGAGUAGCUGAUCUAAUGGACGGUGAUGCAAAGUCUGAUACACUCACUAGCCCAGAACGAGAACCAGCAGAUGAUGACCAUAAUGGAGGCAAGGGGUCUGACAGCCUUAAGAAGAGGAAGAGGAAACCAUAUAGACCUGGAAUUGGUGGGUUCAUGGUGCGCCAGAGGAGCCGGACAGGACAGAAUAAGUCAAAGCGCUCAUUGUCCAGGAAGAAUUCCACUGGUUCCAUGUCUGAAAUGAUGGUUGGGAAGGAGGAUGGUUGGAUUGAACAACAAUCGGAAAUGCCUGUUGAUGCAAUGGCUAUUGUCCCUGAGAUUGUAGAGAAAAUAAAAAAGCGAUACAGGAAAAAGAAGAAUAAAUUGGAGGAAAUGUUUCCAACCUAUCUGCAGGAAGCUUUCUUUGGAAAACAUUUACUGCAUACGAGUCGACAGAGUAAGUCAAUUUUGGAUGCCCUGUCUGAUGAUGAAUCUUCACGGUUACCAAACAGAGUACCAAAUGUGAACAUGAACUUCCUGAAUCCUUCCUCUGACCCACUGUUGAGUUCAGCUGCCGCACAAGUAUUGACAAAACAACCAGGUGGACAAGGUAACGGAGAUGAUCCACUUGCUGAUCUCUCAGAAGUCCUUACCACGGAAGAUGAUAUCCUUGGAAUGCUUUCUGAUGAAUUGGGAAAAGCAAGAGAUGAGUCAGGUCUUGAUUUAUGCACUUUCCAGAUCGAGAAUUCACCAUCUCCAUUUGCUGGACUGGAUCUUGGCCCAAUUUCAGAGGAUCCAUCCUCUGUUUCGCAGUCAAAUGGAGGCCAAGGCACACGACCUUUGUCUGAGGAGCAACUCGACCGAAUCCUUAGUCCCGACCUUGAGAAAAUAGUCACAGAUGGUACAAUUCUGAGUAACCUUUACAAAAUUCCAGAACUGGAAGGAAAGGAAGUGGAAGAUCUGUUCACGGCCGUGUUAAGUCCUUCAGCUAACCAGCCGCCUCCACCAGCAAUGCCCUUACCACCACCUGACCAUGGAAAUGGAGGCUUUACCAGGGUUCCAGCCAUGAAUGGUGUGAUUGGACCACAACAUCAAACACCUUUAGCACCUGGAAAUGGAUGUUGCAUCAGCACCACUUACUCUUCUAUCCCUCAGGCACCGUUCACUGACAGCAACCGAGACAAGAACCAUACUUUUAGUCAAGUUGUUGGUGACGGACCCAGCCCAUGGGUACCCUCUGCUCCUGCUGUGGAAGUGGAAGGAGACACGCUAAACUAUACACAGCGGAGUACUCUGAAAUGGGAGAAGGAAGAAGCCCUGGGAGAAAUGGCAACAGUUGCCCCAGUUCUGUACACAAACACAAACUUCCCAAACCUGAAAGAAGAUUUUCCAGAUUGGUCUACCAGAGUUAAACAAAUCGCUAAACUGUGGAGGAAAGCAAGCUCCCAAGAGAGAGGACCUUAUGUGCAAAAAGCAAGAGACAAUCGGGCAGCAUUACGUAUAAACAAGGUUCAAAUGACGAGCGAAUCUUUGAGAAGACAACAACAGGAAUGCAUUGACUCUGUAUCUCACCCUGAUGUUGACCUGCCGUUUAAGGAUCAAAUUAAGCAAAAGGAAUCAGAGCAUGAGCAAGAAUGGAAAUUUAGACAGCAAAUGCGGCAAAAGAGUAAGCAACAAGCCAAGAUUGAAGCUACACAGAAACUGGAACAAGUGAAACAUGAGCAACAACAGCAGCAACAGUUUGGUUCGCAGCAAUCAACAGGCGAGGAUGAUUCCAACAGUCCUACCGUAGAUGAACAGGACAAUGAGGAACUGUCUCCUCUACAACAGUUGCCCAAAGAAGAGUUUACAGAACCUGAGAUUCCUGGCACUCUUGCAUCAAUGUCAUCAGACGAUGUCUUUUUAAGACCACAAGCUCCUCCUCCAACCCCAAACAGGACCCCUUUGCAGGAUCCAUUUGCACAACCUCAGACUUCACAGCCUCAGUCAACGCAAAUGUUUUCUUCAGCUGCAAAUGGAUCCAGGCCGUCAUCUCCUUGGGAUCCAUAUGCAAAAAUGGUUGGAACACCAAGACCACCACCAGUUGCUCGGAGAAAUUCAGUGCCCUCUCUCGAUUCCUGUGCUGUUCCACAAGGUGUUUCCAGGACAUCCCCAGCUGCUGAACAGAUUGAGAAAAGUAGACCUUCCUUAGCCAAUGAGUCCUUUGGCUCACCAGCACCGCCAGCCAGCAUUGAUCCUUGCGCAAAAGCACCAGAUACUCCUCGACCAGCUAUGACCAUGUCAACAGAUCACUUUUCAAAGCCAUUCGGAUUGCCAAGACCAACAGUAAAUCCUAAUUCAAUUGCUACCGAUCCUUUUGCUAAACCUGCACUCAGGCCUGAUAUGUUUCCUAGAAGUCAGCUGCCACAUAACAGAAUGACAACUCAUGAUUUUUAUUUGCGAUCUCAACUGGCAUCAGGUCUAGCAGGUAAAGAAGGUGGCGGUGGACACUUGUUUAAGACACCGAUGUUACCACAUCAGUCACCUCAAGACGUUUAUGCAUCAGUGCCUCUAACUCCAAGACGUAUUCCUGUUGAUCCGUUUGAAAAAACUGCAUUGACCCCUAGACUUAUGGAUGACUUUCAGCAGAACCCACUGCAGCCUCAAUCUCAGGCAGUGGAUCCAUACGCACAGCAACCACAUACACCUCGUCCUGAGCUGUAUCCACAAAGUCAGAGAAUUUCCCGGCUGAUCCAAGGCGAUAUGUUUAUUCAGCCAGGAUCGAGGUCGAGAUGUUCUCCUCAGGAUCCUUACGCGCAGCCUCCUGGAACACCUCGCCCAGCAACUGAUCCUUACGCACAGUCCCCUGGAACACCUCGCCCAGCAUCUGAUCCUUACACACAGCCCCCUGGAACACCUCGCCCAGCAACUGAUCCUUACGCACAGCCCCCUGGAACACCUCGUCCCACAACUGAUCCUUACGCACAGCCACCCGGAACACCUCGCCCAGCAACUGAUCCUCACGCACAGCCCCCUGGAACACCUCGCCCAGCAUCUGAUCCUUACGCACAGCCCCCUGGAACACCUCGCCCAGCAACUGAUCCUUACGCACAACCCCCUGGAACACCUCGCCCAGCAACUGAUCCUUACGCACAGCCCCCUGGAACACCUCGUCCCACAACUGAUCCUUACGCACAGCCUCCUGGAACACCUCGUCCCACAACUGAUCCUUACGCACAACCCCCUGGAACACCUCGCCCAGCAAUCGAUCCUUACGCACAACCUCCUGGAACACCUCAUCCCACAACUGAUCCUUACGCACAGCCCCCUGGAACACCUCACCCUACAAUUGAUCCUUACGCACAGCCACCUUUAACUCCAAGGCCAGCUCCCAUUGAUCCAUAUGCACAGCAACCGCAUACACCAAGACCUCCACACCAAACAGAUCUAUAUUCCCAGCCACCUGGAACUCCAAGGCCUGGACCUGGAGAUUGUUUUGUGCAAUCACCAAUCAGUAAACGAUAUUCUGAUCCAUAUGCACAAGCCCCUGCAACCCCAAGAGCCAUUGUUACUGAUGCCUUUUCACAACCUCCACAGUCUCCAAGACUCACUACAACGGAGUCAUUCGACCGGCAAGUUUUGAUAAGACCAGGUUUGUUGGCAAAUCAGGAUCUAUUCUUGCAACUGCAGAUCAACAGAGCCUCGAAUAUCCAAGAUACAUUUGUGCGGCCUGCUGAUCCACGUGGUCGAACUCCUCAGAAUCCCAGGCAAGCUGGAAUGUCUGAUGACCCCUUUUCACCCCAUGCUCCAUCACUGAGGCCAACCGGUGAUGCAUUUGGACAUAUGGUACAUGACCCAUAUGAUCAACAACCGAGGACUCCAAGACCUCAGACCAAUGACAUGUAUGUCCAGGGGAGGCUUAAUCACGAUGUUAGCGACCAGCAAGGAACUCCAUCGGAUACCCUGAAUUUCAGCAGUUCCACGGAGUCACCCAUAAAUUCACAAGUGCAGCAGUUUCAUAAUGUGCCUUCAACACAAGAUCAAGUCCAAUCAACAUUGGCGUCAGAAACUCAAAAUAACACAAGCACGGGUCAUAUGGGCAAUGAAGAGAAGCAAAGACAGAGACUGAGAUUACGGGAACUGAUUCUCCGCCAGCAACAGCAGAAAAAUGCUGUCCGACAGGAAAAGAACAUGCAAGAACAAGCAAUGACAUCUGCUGCAACACCACUGAGGCACUGGCCACAGGAGGAUCUAAAAAGUCACAAUGAAUUAUUUGGAAGGCCACCUCCACCGUAUCCUGGCAUUGUGCGAAUUCCACUUGCAUCUCAAGCUGGCCAAAGAUUUUCGGACCCAUUUACAAAUGAACCAAGGCGACGUUUUUUAACCGAUGAUCAAUUUAACAGACCUCAAUUCUCUGGAGAUGCUGCAAGAAUGGUUAUGAGACCCCAAGGUCCAAGGUAUUCUUUUGCAGGAAAUGGACAGAGACCAUUUGCAAGUCAGGAACACUUUCUUGCACAGCAGCAGAUGCACAUGCAUGGUCCAGGUCUUCGACAGCAACUAAGGAGAUCAUUGUCUGUAGACUUUACCAGGUCUUUAAACAAUCCACAGGUGAACAAUGGAAUGAUUAUUCCUCAGCAUUUUCCUCCUCAGGGUAUGCAAAUGCAGCAGCACAAUAUUUUGGGUCAACCAUUCAUUGAACUUCGGCACAGAAUGUCAGAAAGUGGGCCACGGCUUCCAUUUCCAUUAGCCAGUGGUUUAAAUCCAGCCAGCCAGCAGCAAAGACCUGGUGAGGUAAUGCCAGGACAGGGUGCCUUCUCUUCAAGUCAAGGACCAAAGUCAUUGGACUCGGUGUCAAACCAACACUAUAUACGUAGUCAAGUGGAAAAUUGCAGCAAUAUGGAUCAGCUUAAUCAGCACCAACAGCAGCAGAUGCAUUUACACCAUCCAACUGUGCCCCUCUCUCGUUCGUUAAGUAACCCUCCAGCUAGUCAUGCUUUUUCAUCAGCAGUCUCCUUAUCAGCCAGGUCAUCUACACAAGGAGAAGGUAUGGUCGAGAAACUUGAUCCUGAUGACACUUCAGUGAAAGAUCUUGAUGUGAAGGACCUUGAUGGAGUAAGAGAUCUAGAAGUUAAAGACUUGGAUGAUGAAGAUUUGGAAAAUUUAAAUUUGGAUCCAGUGGAUGGAAAAGGUGAUCCUGAUUUGGAUAAUUUAGAUAACAUAGAAACAAAUGACCCACAUUUGGAUGACCUGUUAAAAUCAGGGGAGUUUGACCUUAUUGCUUAUACAGACCCUGAGCUGGAUCUGGGUGAUAAAAAGGAUAUGUUUAAUGAAGAAUUGGAGCUCAAUGAUCCAAUAGAUGUUAAAGUGGAUGAGCAUAAGACUGAAGAAGAAAAUAAAGCUAACCAGGAAGCCAAAGCAGGAGAACAACCUGGCAGUUUCACUGAAAAAGAAGCGGCUGCUUUGCCCUGCGAUGGAUCAGCUGAUAGUAGUCCGAUUAAAUCAGAAACUUUUACUGGUGAUGGUAAUCAUGAUACUCCAUAUGGUGCGAGUACAACUGAUUCUGAGGCAAUACAUACAAUGACGGAUGGUACUUCCACUUCUGACUCUUGUAUUGGUAGAGAACUGGAAAUCACAAAGGAAGAAGAAAGAGUGGAUGGUAACCAAGAAUUAAUGGGGGCAAGCCCAUGUUUCAGUGACUCGCAGUCUUCUACCCAAACAUCUAUGUCCUUUGGAAGUUCGUGCAAUCUGACUGGUUCUACUCCAGUCCUUUCAAAUUUGCUAACUGAGACGGCAGCUAAUUCUGGAGUUGCAUCAUUGAGUUCACCUUCCAAAGUUGUGCCAUCACCCCAGCCACAUCCAGAAACAGGUAUACCACAGUCUCCCAAAAUGGCAGGUUCCCCAGGACAAAUGACUGAGAACCCAAUAAAUCCAAACUUGCAAAGGUUAAAACGUAGCUUUUCGCAAGGUCCUUCAGGAAAUCAGACCUUUUUUCAAGUCCAUCCACCCAGCCAGAAUUAUGCACCAGGGCAAACUCCGAGUCAAAAUCUGACUCUAGCCAGUCAGCCAGGACUUAGUAAUCAGUCCAACACACAAAUCAUGCUUUCUCAGUCAAUGGGUUCCCAGGGGCAACGUGGGAGGCCCCUCCUUUUGGAAGAGCAACCCCUCCUUCUGCAGGACCUUUUGGAGCAAGAAAGGCAGGAGCAGCAACAGCACCGACAAAUGCAGGCAAUGAUACGUCACCGAUCUGCCGAUUCCUUCUUUCCUAACAUUGAUUUUGAUGCUAUCACUGAUCCUAUCAUGAAAGCAAAGAUGGUAGCGUUGAAGGGAAUCAACAGAGUUAUGGCCCAAAGUAACUUGGGAAUGCCACCAAUAGUAAUGAACAGAUUUCCAUUCGUGGAUCAGCAAGUGUCAAGUCCACAGAAUGGUGAUGGUGGGCAGAAUCCCAUUCACCAAGGAGUUACCCCGGAUGGAAACUUGGCACCUCAAAUGCAGCGACCAAACCCUCCAUCAUUUGGUCCCGGUUUCGUGAAUGAUGCACAGAAGAAACAGUAUGAAGAAUGGCUCCAAGAAACUCAACAGCUCCUCCAAAUGCAGCAGAAAUUUCUCGAGGAACAGAUUGGAGCACACCGGAAAUCAAAGAAGGCACUCUCAGCGAAACAACGCACAGCUAAAAAGGCUGGGCGAGAAUUUCCAGAAGAAGAUGCAGAGCAGCUGAAGCACGUAACUGAGCAACAAAGCACGGUGCAAAAACAGUUGGAACAGAUUCGAAAACAGCAAAAGGAACAUUCAGAACUUAUGGAAGAGUACCGGAUAAAGCAGCAGCAACAAUGUUCAAUGCUAUCAUCCACCAUAAUGCCUGCUGGAUCAGCACAGCUUCCGCCCAUUCAGAGUGGGACUCCAUCUUCAGUUACGCAGCAGAAUUUCCCAAUGAUGCCAGAGCAGCAAUCCAGACAACAAAUGCAGCAGCCUGUUCCUCCACAACCAGCCAGUAACCGAAUGGCUACUGCUCCUCAGUGGAAGUCUUGCAAUCCUAAUGCAGCUCCCCCUCCCCCCAUUCCCAUGGGCACCCAUCGGAUGCAGCACCCUGCGCCACCUCAGUUGCCAAUGCCAAACACCCCAUCUACACAAGCGGCAUUGGUCACAACAAAUCAGCAGUCCAACGUGCCGCCACGCGUUGAAUUUGACGACAACAACCCAUUCAGUGAAAGCUUUCAGGAGAGGGAACGGCGGGAGCGUUUACGAGAGCAGCAGGAGCGCCAACGCAUCCAGCUUAUGAAGGAAGUUGAACGUCACCGCGCAAUGCAGAAGCGGAUGGAGAUGGAACAGCAGCAGCAGCAGGGGCUCUCUGAUUUGAACACACCCUCCCUUUCGCAAAUGCCAUAUUUUAAUUCUGAGUUGCCUUGUGAUUUCAUGCAAUCUCAAAGACCACCGCAGCAGAUGGGACAUAUUUCUCCCCAGCAACAGAAUCUUCUUCCACAAUUCAUGAAUUCACCUCCUCCAUCGCCUUUUAUGCAGUGCGGUGACAACAGGCCGAUGGGGAUGGCAGGGUUUGAGCCUGAAGCCAAUGCAGUCCCGGGUGGGUGCCCACCUAUUCACCCAAUGAACCAGGUACCAUCUAGUCUUGGUUUUCCUCAGAACCUACCUCGCCCUCUAUUUGGACCAGCUAUGCCUGUUGGAUCUCAUGGGAAAGUUGAUGGAGGUCAAUUUGGUCUAGAAGGUGGAAUGCAAUUGCCAAGCAAUUACCCAGGCACAGGCCAAUCACUCAUACAACGUUAUUCCAAUAUUAUACCAGAGGAAAAGGGAAAGAAGCGUAGAAAUAGAAAGAAAAAGAAGGAUGACGAAGAUGAGUGUGCGAGGACACCAUCUACUCCUCAUUCUGACAUUACUGCACCAACUACACCCAUUGUUGCUGACCCUGCUAAUGCAGCUAUUAAUCGACCUGGUGAUUUUGUAUAUAAUCAAGGUGAGAAUGAUAAUGGAGAGUUAGCUGGUAAUUCAAGUGACCAUCAACCUCCAUCUGAGCUUGAACGGCAGCUUUCUUCCAAUGUUAAUGUACCACAGAGAAUGGUGGUACAGCAGGCCUGUCUCCCCUCUGAAACAGAACACUGUCCAUCGAAUGAAGCUGCCAGGCCAAACUUGGUGAAGGUGGAACAGACAGAAGCCACAGAGUGCCGUCAGCACGUACCACACAAGAUGGAAGCACAGAACCCAGUGAAGUUGGAGGAGAAAAUCAGCAUUCAACAGCCUGCGGUUUCGUCUCACAGUCCAGCAGCUGGAGCGAACAUACCAGCGUCAAAGCAAGAAUCAGGGAAUGAGCUACUGAAACAUCUUCUGAAAAAUAAAAAUCCCCCACCAUCUGCUCCCCAGAGAUAUGAAGAAAAAUCUGACGAUGAAUCGAGUAUGGAAAACAGAUUGGUAAAGAAGCAGACCAAAUUUGAGGGGCAGAGUCCACCAAGUGCAUAUGCCUUUGAUGGAAAGAUGAUUCAGUUGCAAAGGAACGAUUCAGAGGAAGAAAAGAAGCGGCCAAAAAAUAAACGAUCACAGAAAACAGCUGAGAAGACAGCAUCACGUUAUAAAAAGCGAAGAAAAGAUGAGGAAGAGAGGCACGCAAUUUAUUCGAAUACUGAUGUUCUAAUGAACCAGUUAAAGCAGCAACUGACUCUUCUCCCAUUACUGGAGCCAACAAUCAGUGUGAACUUUGCUUACUUCCCUCCCUAUGGUAGUGGAAAGUUAAAUGGUGACAAUCUGCUAACCGGUUCUUUUGGAAGUGCUACUCUCGACAGUGUCCCAGAUUAUUACUCUCAAUUGAUUUACAAGAACAACCUAAGCAAUCCUCCCACCCCACCAGCUUCCUUGCCUCCUACACCACCACCUGUGGCUAGACAGAAGAUGGUGAAUGGUUUUGCUACCACUGAGGAGCUUUCUGGAAAGCCAGGAAUAAUUGGACAUCAUGAUGUCACCAAGAGCCUUGGGCCGAAACAAUACCAGCUACCUUUUAGACCUGAGGAUGAUUUAUUAGCAAGAGCUUUGGCCCAUGGACCGAAAACAGUGGAUGUUCCUGCCUCCUUACCAACUCCGCCUCACAACAAUCAUGAGGAACUAAGAGGGCAAGACCAUUGCGGUGAUGAUGACCGUGAUUCCCCGGAUAGCUUUGUAGCAUCAUCAUCUCCUGAAUGUGUGGUGGGCAAGGAGAUCAACAGAUAUCCUGAUCUAUCCUUAGUGAAAGAAGAGCCGCCGGAACCAGCUCCAUCCCCAGUCAUUCCCAUGCUUCCAAGUUCCAUUGGCAAAGGUUCAGAAGCUAGACGGAGUGAAGUUAAGAUAGAGCCGACCUUUGGAAAUAUAGGUUCAUCUUUGUAUUUUAAAAAUCAAUUUGUACAGUCCCAAAAUGGACCUAAAAUUGGCUUUGUGUCUGUAGCACUAACAUUGACACCAACUGCAGCUGAGGACAUCGGUGGUGUUGUGGCAGCAGUGGCUGAUCUCCUGCGUGUUAAAGUUCCCAACAGUUAUGAAGUCAGCAGUGGACCUGAACCAUCACCAAUGCCUUUGAUGAAUCCAUACAAGUUUAAUCAUACAUUUGAAACUAGACCACCGCACAUGGCUCAAGCAUCCCACCCUGGAUUUACUGGCCCUGUCAAGAUUAUGAGACCUGCUGGACCUUCAAGCCUUCCAUAUAUGAUUCCUCACCAUGGCACAGUGGCACUCAAAGUCGAUAAUCGAACAGUCAUGUCUGCCCACACAAAACCCCAAUGGUGCCGUCACUGUGAUGUUGUAGUGCUGGGUAAUGGUGUACGGAAGACACUCACAGAUCUUCCCUUUAAUAAGCAGGACUCAAGAGAUGGAAUAGCCAAAGCAGAGACUGAUAUUGUUUUUUGCAGCAAUAGUUGCUUUGUGCAGUAUGCAAUGGCCACACAAGCAAAAACACCAGAUUCAAAGCAGGCAGUUCCAUCUAUUAUGGCGGAGCAGCAACCCAAGGAUGUGGCUCGAAACACAUUCCAUCAUUACAACAACAACACCUCCCCUUUAGAUGUCCAUCGCCUUCCACGGAUUCAAGAGAAUGCAGUCUGUAUAUCAAAUCCUAGUGUUUAUUUCUCUCCAGCCAACCUGCAAAUGUUCAAACGAGAUCCAAAGCCAGAAGAUCUCAAGGUGAUGGUGAAGCUGAAACCUAGGCCAAGAUCACUGCAUGGAGGUUUGGAUGGAAAUCGUCCCAUUAAAAGGUGGAAAGGGAUGAAGUGGAAAAAGUGGAGAAUUCAGAUAGUCAUUCCUAAGGAACAUUUAAAGCUCGUGUCUGAACAGGAGAUAGAUGAACUUCUAAACAAACUCGGGACAUCAUUAAGGCCUGAGCCUAUGCCGCGUGAUUAUAGAAGAUGUUGCUUAUGUCAUGAAGAAGGUGAUGGAACAACUGAUGGGGCAGCAAGACUCCUGAACCUUGAUCUGGAUCUCUGGAUCCACUUAAACUGUGCCCUCUGGUCCACAGAAGUAUAUGAAACACAAGCUGGUGGCUUGAUUAACGUGGAGUUGGCUUUGAGGAGAGGCCUUUCUAUGAAAUGUGUUUUCUGUCAUAAAAUGGGAGCUACUGGUACAUGUCAUCGUAUAAGGUGCACCAACAUUUAUCACUUCACCUGUGCCAGUAAAGCUCAAUGUAUGUUUUUCAAAGACAAGACCAUGCUCUGCUCAUUACACAAACCAAAGGGACCUCAUGAGCAGGAGUUGACAUAUUUUGCCGUCUUUAGGAGAGUUUAUGUGCAACGGGAUGAAGUGAAGCAAGUGGCCAGCAUUGUACAACGAGGGGAACGCAACCACACAUUUCGAGUUGGAGGAUUAAUUUUCCAUGCCAUUGGACAGCUCCUCCCGCAACAGAUGCAUUCUUUCCACAGUUCGGUAGCACUCUAUCCAGUUGGCUAUGAAGCAAGCCGGUUUUACUGGAGCACGCGUUACUCCAACAAACGCAGUCGGUAUCUGUGCUCCAUUGAGGAAAAAGACAGUGCUCCAGAAUUUGUGGUGAGAGUCAUUGAGCAAGGUCAUGAGGAUCUGGUCUUAACGGGAAGCUCUCCAAAAAGGGUGUGGCAAAAACUUCUGGAGCCCAUAGCUCGUCUCCGCAAAGAUGCAAAUAUGUUGAAACUCUUUCCAGACUACCUUCGGGGAGAUGACCUCUUUGGCUUGACUGUGUCUGCAGUCACAAGGAUAGCCGAAUCGCUGCCUGGAGUAGAGAACUGCGAAAACUACAUAUUUCACUACGGUCGCAAUCCAUUGAUGGAACUUCCGCUUGCAAUAAAUCCUUCAGGCAGUGCCCGAUCCGAGCCCAAGAUGAGUACCCAUGUCAAGAGGUUUGUGUUAAGGCCACAUACGCUGAACAGCACCAGUACUUCCAAGUCUUUUCAGAGCACAGUCACGGGAGAGCUGAAUGCACCUUAUAGCAAGCAAUUUGUUCAUUCCAAAUCGUCUCAGUAUCGUAAAAUGAAGACGGAAUGGAAAAUUAAUGUGUACUUGGCCCGUUCUCAGAUCCAGGGUCUUGGUUUGUAUGCUGCCCGGGACAUUGAGAAACAUACCAUGGUUAUUGAGUACAUUGGAACAAUCAUCCGCAAUGAAGUGGCUAACAGGCGGGAGAAACUUUAUGAAUCUCAGAAUCGUGGAGUGUACAUGUUUCGUAUUGACAAUGAUCAUGUUAUUGAUGCAACUUUGACGGGAGGUCCGGCAAGAUAUAUUAAUCAUUCCUGUGCACCAAAUUGUGUGGCUGAGGUGGUGACCUUUGAGAAAGGACACAAAAUAAUCAUCAGCUCCAACCGUAGGCUUCAGAAAGGAGAAGAGCUGUCCUAUGAUUACAAAUUUGAUUUUGAAGAUGACCAGCACAAGAUCCCGUGUCAUUGUGGAGCUGUGAACUGCCGUAAAUGGAUGAACUAAACACAUUCCUUGCAAUACUUACUUCUGGGAUUGCUUGUCCUUGGAAAGAGAUGCUCUCUUUUCACAGAAAAACAUACAGACACACACACAGACACAGACACACACGCACACAUUUUAAAAAGUAAGCCUGGAGUUCACAAAUGGUUCUCCUCAUCUCCAGCAGCAGCACAGAGUUGCGGAACAAGCAUACACGAAGACUGGCUGACGUACCAGUCACUCCCAUCUGUCCAUACAUGAUGCAGGUGGAAGCAGAUUAUUAAUUGGUCGAGCACUGGAGUUACUGUCCUGUAUUGAAAACGAGCAAUGGUUUUACUAGGAAAAGAAUCAAUGGCUGACCUGCUUACAAGUAGGGUAGGCACUUAUGAAUGUAGGACUGAAUUCACCAGCUAGGGGAAGGAUCAACAGUGCUGGCCACAGCCUUAUUUGCAAGGGGCAGGCCCUCUAGUUUAAAUAAAUAAUUAAUUAAAAGUAGACACCACUGAACAAGGAAUGUACUGAGGUGACUUCCUUAGGGAUACAGCUAAGGGAAAUAACUUGCACUAAAAACAUUUAAAAUACUUGAUUCCAUGAGUCAGUUUAUUGUAGUUUUUUGAUUUCUGUAUGAUAAAAGAGAAACAUUUUUGUAUUUAUUGGAUAAGUGAAUGAAGCUAUUUUUAAAAAUAAAAGUAGAAGAAAGCCAAGCUGCUGCUGUUACCUGCAGAUAUAAAAACCCUGUUACUUUGUACAAAGUGUAAAUAAAGCAAGGAAUAUACAAUAUUAAAAAAAUGACCAAAUGCUACCUGACACUGCAGCCAUUUGCUUUUAGUGGAGUCAGUCCUCUGAGUCAGGUUACAUGGUGUAUAAUUUUAACCAACUGUGAAUUAGGUUCAAAACCACACCCAGGUAGCGGCUAGAUGCUCCAUUAGCAAGCCUAGAUAUUAAGGUAGAGGAUUGCAGACACGAUACAUACAGCAGAAUCAUGUUAAGGGUUGUAGAGUCAAAGAUAAUUUUUAUUUUUAAGCAAAAUUAUGAGAUGUAAUUAUGCUAACACUGCAGGAUUUUUGGCAAUAGGGUUUUGAAAUAAAUGAGAAAAUAGGCACAAAAAUAUUUGUAUGGAUUGUUUUUGUUUACAUUUCUUUAAACAAACACUGUUUUGUGUUGGCUUGUAGAAGUUUAAAAUGCAUUUUGAACCAGGUUAGCUUUAUUUUGUACUUACAGAAAAGAAAAAUAACUGGUACUGACACUUCACAACUAUUAAGUUCGAAAUAAAGUUUUUUGUGCACAUUAUCAGUAAAUUGUUAUAUUCAAUGAAGCAGUCAUAAAUUGUAAUGUAUAUGGCAUGUUGUAUUUUUUACCUUACAGAAGAAAUCAAUUGUACAUAGUUCUUCUUGAUAAAUAGCUGUAUGAAUUUGUUUCUUGGAUAUUUUUUCUCUUGUAUAAUAUUCCAACAUCCUACCAGUAUUUGUCCAACAGUUUUUUUCUGUCCUGUACAAUAGUAUCUAAUGUUGGGGGAAAAAGAGCUUUUUUUGAAGUGUAAAGAGUGUUAUUGGGUUUUGGAGUUUGUGCAACCAGAUUAGGAGAUCAGCAUUUACAAAUAAAAUAUUUUACAUCUAUGAA